AUGGUUCUCGCCAGCUACAUCCGGCUCGCCCUCGUCGGCGCAGCCCUGCUCUUCUCACAGGCACAGGCGAGGUUCGAUUUUUCACUGUGCGCCGACAACUGUGUCACUUCUUCCGGUUGUCCAUCAGACAGCGCGCGGUGCAUGUGCAAGGAAGCCCGGGAAAUCCUGCUCGACUCGGUCAUCUCAUGCUUGUUCUUCAACUGCAAGGACGAUCUCCGCAACUUCGACGACGCCUUCCUGGACCCGAUCGAGGAAGGCUGCGAGGACAGCGGCCGCGACAUCCCCCGCUCCAAGCUCAGGGCCGCCGCAAGCCUCGCCACCAGCUACAUCGGCAAGCUACCCGCCUCCACGACGGUCAAGAGCACGCCCGUCGAGGUGACGCCCACGCCCAAGCCAACCAAGAAGACGGACCCCACCACGGCAGAGGUGCCGCUGUCCUCGACGACGACAGAGAACGACAGCCCUGCAAGCACCUCGACCGUGGACAGGCAAGCUGGAGAGUCGAAGCCAACCACCACCGCCGUGACACCGGCCGUGGUGCCGAAUCCUGGCACCCAGAGCUCCGCCACACCAUCCGAGUCACCCGCGUCUGACAACUCUGACUCUAGUGGUGGUGGUGGUGGUGGCGAUCCGUUCAGCUCUACCGGCGACUCCGCUGGAUCAGCCAUUCAGCCGUUCCUUGCGUUGCUCGGGUUGCCCGUGGUUGUUGCUCUCCUAACCUUGGAGUGA